ACGAACCAACGCCAGAUAGUUAGCAUUAAGGUAGCAUAAAGCUAACGUACAUACUGCGGUUAUCUGAGCGGUGAUAGAGGAGUAAUUUGAUGGUGGAGGUGCCUAAGUCAAGGCUGCGGUGAACCUUUUAGUGAUUUGUCUGAAUAAAAUAGUUGAAGGUGGAGAUUUGCCGUGUAGAGUGAACAUGUGGAGCUCCGGCCGCCGUGUCCUUCAGGAGCUGCUCAGCCAGCCUGCUGUCAGGAGCUUCUCUCUGACUCCUGCUCAGAACACAGUGGUGGUGGAGCGCUGGUGGCAGGUGCCCCUUUCUAAAGUGGGCAGUCCACCGAGGCUUCACCCCCGAAGACACAGAAUCUACAAGUUGGUUGAAGACACCAAACAAGCUCCCAAGGAGAAGAUGGAGCUCAUCCUGACUCAGACUGUACCCAAGCUUGGUGGGCGAGGAGACACUGUGUUUGUGAAAAAGUCUGUUGGCAGAAAUAAGCUGCUGCCUCAAGGCCUCGCAGUGUAUCCAUCACCGGAGAACAAACAGAUGUUUGCUGAGGAGUUAAGACUUUUGCGUGAGGGGAAGUCAGAGGAAAGAGUCCAGACCCGCACUGGACAAUUGACAGUAGAAUUCCUUAAACGCUCCAUGUUGAAGAUAAACAAAAUGCCCUCAGAUGAAUUCCAGGUCACUAAAGAGGUUGUCUGCAGACAGUUUCUCAAGAAGCUGGGAGUUGUUGUGCCACCUCAGGCACUGAGUCUUCCAUUUGAGUCUGUCAAGGAUUUGGGCGACUACUGGUGUGAAGUUACAGUAAAUGGAAUGGACACAGUUCGCGUCCCUGUGUCACUGGUGCCAUACGAAGACUUAUCUGCACGUUAUCAGCAGCACCUGAAAAUACAAACGCAGCUGCAGGCAGCCGCAGCUGUUUCAGAAUCCGCUGUUGAGGAGGAAGCUGCUGGGGUGGCAGUUUCUGACCCCGCAGUGGAAGCUGAAGCUGGUAAAGACUCUGUGAGUCAAGUGAGCAAAGCUUCAGACUUGGCAGGAGCUGCUGGUGCUGAGAAAAUGGCAGCAGCAAGUACACAGACGAGUGAAGACACCACAGCACCACCAAGUGACAGCUCCAAAAAAGAUUAAUGGACUCCAAAUGAAGACGUUCAUAGAACUGCAAUAUAUUGUUGAUCUGUAACACAUUAUACAUGCAUAAAAACAGUUGUCUGCGUGAUUAUUAAAAUGUUUUCAUUCACUUCAA